UGAGCGGAAUGCGAAUUCUAUUUAUAAUAUGGGUAAAACCCAGUCAAAAUAAAAUUUUGAUCGCGUUACGUGUGUGAGCCCUUAAGGAGUUUGCAGUCGAUGAAAUUGUGAUCAACCUUCCACUUAGAGGAUGAGUGGAAAGUUGCCAGAAAAGAACAUGAAUAAGCUGGAGUCCUGGAUUGGCACGGGGGGCCAAGAUCACCCUGCUGUACAAGAUAACCAGGGACGGGUGUAAUGCUACAACAUUCCAUCAGAAGUGUGACAAUCAGGGACCAACUGUGACGGUGCUGUACAACCAACAAGGAUCGGUGUAUGGGGGAUAUGGGAGUGCGAGCUGGAUCAGCGGCACCAGCGACUCAUAUAUAGAUUAUAUCCAAGAUUCGAGCGCCUUCAUGUUCCAACUUAAAUAUUCAGGGAGCGAUACAUUCAACAUGUUUCCAAUUAAGAAUCCUUCAAAUGGGUUGUUUGGAAAGUCGACAUAUGGACCAACUUUUGGUGGCGGGCACGAUCUCCACACCUUCAACGGCACAAUCAUCAGCGCUGGUGCAUAUUUCGCUUUAAACGGUUAUACAAACUUUGGAAGCAGUUUCAACAAUUCAGGUCUUACUUUCGACAAAAUAAACAAUGGAAACUUCAAUGUCACCGAGUUAGAAGUUUACAGGGUAACAGAUGGGCAGCGGAUUAAGAUUCUACCACAACCUUGGCGAAAAACUCAUGAAUGGAAUGAAAAGUAUCUCGAGACGCUAACCGAAGACAUCGUAUCGUUCAAACCUUCCGGAAAGCUUGGGCUCUCAGAUGUCCGUAUCCUGAUGCUGGGCCCAAUAGGGGCGGGCAAGUCGAGCUUCUACAAUACCAUCAACUCGGUGUUCAAGGGCCGCAUCUCUCGAAGUGCCCCCUGUGGGCUUUCUACCAAUGGCAUAACUAUUGCGUACACCCCAUAUGAAGUAUAUGUGAGGUCUGCAGCUUCGUUGAAUUUCCGUCUCUGUGACACACGUGGUCUAGAAGUUACUCAAGGCCUUGAAAGUCUGGAGUGUAACUACCUGCUAGAUGGGAACAUCCCAGAUUUUUAUCAGUUUAAUCCAGUCGCCCCAAUCAGCCCCACCAACCCCGGGUUCGUGCAUCAACCAAUGGUUACAGACCAAAUCCACUGCGUUCUGUUCGUAAUCGACGCGGCUACAGUGGGGGACAUACCACAGAAAUUGGUCGACAAGAUGAAUAGUUUCCAAACACUUGUUAAUCUUAAAGGAAUUCCACAAGUAGUUAUUUUAACAAAAGUCGACCAGGCCUGUCAGGAAGUUGCCGGUAACAUCACCAACGUGUUCAAGAGCAAGGAUAUUGAGGCAGCUGUGGAAAAGGCAUCAAACCUUCUCGGGUUGCCUAGAAACCAUGUACUUCCGGUGAAGAACUACGAGACUGAGAUUGAGCUGGAUGACAACAUCAGCAUCCUGGCCUUGAUGGCACUGCGUCAGGUGUUGCACUUUGCAGAGGAUUACAUUCAGGUCCUUCAGAACAAACUGAAAGCGUGUGGUGUUUCUAGCGAGAAGCUGGACCAACGAGAAUCAUUAGAAAAAGGCAGUGACCAAGAAUAAUAGGAGACACCGCAUUGCUUUUCUCCAAUGAUUUCUAAUUGACAAGCAAUGUGUAUAUCUCGUUACUUAAACUAGGCAAUCGGAUUAUUUAGUUUAGGCUUAAAAAGUUAAACGGAAAUUAUAUAUUCGUUACGGAUUGGUUAUUUGAUACAAAUGGUUAAUUAUUAUAUUAACAUAUGUAAUAUGUAUAAUAUCAAUAUGUAUAUUAACAAAGGAACUAUUUAUGAUGUGUGCUUUAAUUCUUUACAUUGUUUUACAUUUGAUAUAUAUGUUACGUAGUAAUUGUGUAUAAAUAACAUAAUAUUUCAUUU